UGACGUCAUUACGCUCAGAUCGGAAAAAUUCAACAUGGAUGAAGCCGUACUUGUGGAAAAGAGCCCGGAAGAAAUGCCGUCAGUCCUGACCUCUAGACCUCAAACGGGUCUGUCCUUCCUGGCACCAGAACCUGAAGAUCUGGAGGACCUUUACACCAGAUAUAAGAAGCUGCAGCAGGAGCUGGAGUUCCUGGAGGUGCAGGAGGAGUACAUCAAAGAUGAACAGAAGAACCUGAAGAAAGAGUUCCUGCACGCCCAGGAGGAGGUGAAGAGGAUACAGAGCAUCCCGCUGGUCAUCGGACAGUUCCUGGAGGCCGUGGACCAGAACACGGCUAUAGUUGGCUCCACCACAGGCUCCAACUACUACGUGCGCAUCCUGAGCACCAUCGACAGGGAGCUGCUGAAGCCCAACGCCUCGGUGGCUCUGCACAAGCACAGCAACGCCCUGGUGGACGUGCUUCCUCCUGAGGCCGACAGCAGCAUCAUGAUGCUGACGUCAGACCAGAAGCCUGAUGUGAUGUACGCUGACAUCGGAGGGAUGGACAUCCAGAAGCAGGAGGUCAGAGAGGCUGUGGAGCUGCCUCUCACUCACUUUGAGCUCUACAAGCAGAUUGGUAUCGACCCACCCAGGGGUGUCCUCAUGUACGGACCUCCAGGCUGCGGGAAAACCAUGUUGGCCAAAGCUGUGGCCCACCACACUACAGCCGCGUUCAUCCGUGUGGUGGGCUCUGAGUUUGUCCAGAAGUACCUGGGCGAAGGUCCCCGGAUGGUGCGGGACGUCUUCAGGCUGGCCAAGGAGAACGCUCCCGCCAUCAUCUUCAUCGACGAGAUCGACGCCAUCGCCACGAAGCGAUUCGACGCUCAGACCGGAGCUGACAGGGAGGUGCAGAGGAUUCUGCUGGAGCUGCUGAAUCAGAUGGACGGCUUUGAUCAGAACGUCAACGUCAAGGUGAUCAUGGCCACCAACAGAGCCGACACCCUGGACCCGGCUCUGCUUCGUCCUGGCCGUCUGGACAGGAAGAUCGAGUUUCCUCUGCCCGACCGCCGACAGAAGCGUCUGAUUUUCUCCACCAUCACCAGCAAGAUGAACCUGUCUGAGGAGGUGGACCUGGAGGACUAUGUGGCCCGACCCGAUAAGAUCUCUGGUGCUGACAUCAACUCCAUCUGUCAGGAGGCCGGCAUGUUGGCAGUGCGUGAGAACAGAUACAUCGUCCUCGCCAAAGACUUUGAAAAGGCCUACAAGACCGUCAUCAAGAAGGACGAGCAGGAGCACGAGUUCUACAAGUAGAACCGGGCCGGAGGUGUCUCUGUCUGCAUCCAUUCUUCUGGACUACAUUUACUCACUGCAGCAUUUAGUUAGCAGCCUGCUGGUUCUAUAAACAUCUGGUUCUGACUCAACUAAAGGAAAUCCAUUAAACACAUUUUCCACAAAAUAAAA